AUGGCUCCAAAACUUCUAGUCUUCUUGAUCCUCUUGAUCGUCGUGUCUUCGGAUUUGACGAGCGCGCGGAAACUUUCAAUGGGCCCAGGAAGAAAACCCAGCCCGACAUUGUCCGACCGGUUAUAUCUGGCGGCACUUCCCAAGGGGAAUGUGCCGGCAUCGACCCCAAGCAAGAAGGGCCACUCGUUUACUGCCGACGAGAAGUUGGUGACCCGACGCCACCUCAUCGAUGUCGACCGGAUCUUAGAAACGAGCACGCCGAGCCCCGGCACCGGAAAUUGA